UCUACAAAUCGUCGAACAAGUCAUACAUAAAAGAGGCGUUAUAAAACCUACCAAAAAGAUUUCGAGCUUUGAUAAGUCUUGAACCAGUAAUGGAGUGGAGAGAGUGUUAUUUAGAUGUGAUCUUGGUGCCGCCAGGGCUAAUGGUAUAUGCUGCUUACCAUGUUUACUUGUGGUACAAGUUACGUACACAGCCUCUCACCACCAUCAUCGGUACCAACGCUAGAGCUCGCCGUUUCUGGGUGGCUUCCAUCAUCAAGGACAACGAGAAGAAGAACAUCUUGGUCGUUCAAACGCUAAGAAACUGCAUAAUGGGAUCAACUUUAAUGGCAACAACGUCGAUCCUUCUCUGCGCGGGUCUAGCUGCGGUUAUAAGCAGCACAUACGCAGUGAAGAAGCCUCUAAACGACGCCGUUUACGGAGCUCACGGAGAGUUCAUGGUGGCUCUCAAGUAUGUCACAAUCCUCACCAUCUUCCUCUUCUCCUUCUUCUCUCACUCUCUCUCGAUCCGGUUCAUCAACCAAGUCAACAUCCUCAUCAACACUCCUUUUCCUCAAGAGGACUUGGAUGAGGAGAUGAUGGUAACGCCGGAGGAGUACGUGGCGGAGUUGCUGGAGAGAGGGUUUGUUUUGAACACGGUGGGGAAUAGGUUGUUCUAUGCGGCGUUGCCUUUGAUGCUUUGGAUAUUUGGACCGGUGCUUGUGUUCUUGUGCUCGGUCAUGAUGGUUCCUCUUCUUUAUAACCUCGAUUUUUUCUUCUUUGGUAAACAAAGGAAAAAAAUCGAUGGAAAAACUAGUUGUGGAAUUGCGUAGUACCGAGUUUGAGUUGGUCGAGCAAGUGAUGGUGAAUAAGUGAUCGAUUAUUCAAUAAAACAUGACACAGUUGCAGAUUUCGAAGAUUAGUUUAGUUUUCGUUUUAAGUUCUUUUUGUUCAAGUGAAUUUCUAAGUAUAUAUUAUGCGUAGAGUAAUGUAUUAAUCAUGGUCAUAUAGUAUUUGAUUAGGGCUUAUGGAGCGUUAGAUGACGAAAGAGUAUGAGUUACAUCAAGAGAACAUUAAGAUAUAUUAUUGUAUUGGAGUAUGUUUGUUGUGUCACGCUUUGGUUUGUUGAGAUGUGAGCGUUAUUAUUGGCAUUUCCAUGUGGGUAACUUUAUAAUGUA